AUGUAUGAUAAUAAAGGUCAAUUUAGGUCUCAUUUUCAAGAUUUUGUAGCCGUUAUUGACGUUGAAAGUUUAAUGGGCGAUGCAAUUAAAUAUAUUUAUGAUCCCGAAGUACUACAGUUUGUUGGUUUCAUGUCUAAUCCUCAAUUGAAGAAAAUAUCAAAAAUGACAUCUGGAAAAGGAGUCACUGGUCUCAUUGAGGAGUUGAUGAAGACUUUACCUUUGGAAGACAUGAAGAAAUUGUUUGAGAUAAAACUAGAAAGUAGCGCUGAAGUGGCUCAACUCUUCGACACAAUUAAUUCCGAAGAAGUUUUAGGUAUACUCAGACGUAUGUCGAAGAAUUUAACGUUUUUGGACUUUAAGAGUAGUUUCAAAUUGUGUUACCUGUGCCGGCGGCAGGACGCGAACUCAUUACAAAAGUCGUUUAUAUAA